UCUAGGAGCCAACGCAGAAAACUUAGGUCAGUAUUUUCCGCGGUCGUGUCGAUUGGUUUUGGCGCCAUCACUGUUGAGUUUGCACCCAAACCCACACUUAAAAGACUUUGCCUUCUCUCUUUUCUUUAUUCAUUUCACCAAUAAGAAGUUAAGGAUCGUCAGCGGUUGAGGCAAUGGAUAAAGAGAAAACCUCACAAACCCCAAGAAGAACGACAAGGUCUUUGGCUUCAUCUCCGACAUCCACUUCAAAUAAUGUAAUUGCAGCAAAAGUAAAUAGCCUUGAACUUUCGACAAUCAACGACCUUUUAGUUGGAGGAGAUCCAAUCAGUCUAGAUGACAUAAUUUCCAACUUUCCUGGUAGAAGAAACCAGAUUCUUGAGAUUGGGCGUCUUUUGGGACCUUUGAAUUCACCAAUGCUUCCUUUGUUUGUAUAUGGAGGCCCUUGUACUGGAAAAACCAGUGUCAUUCUUCAAUUGUUCAGGCAUCUCAACAGGCCUCUCGUUUAUUCUAGUUGUAGGACAUGUUAUAACCAGGGUAUCUUGUUUGAAUCUAUUCUGAAUCAGUUAUUUCUCCAUAGAAAAAAUGCUGCCAAUGGUUAUGCAAAUGCAAAACGCUGUGACAGACCGUCUGAUUUUGUCAACUUUCUUCGGGAAGCAUUGACCAAUGUUAUAAACAACCUCAAAGAGAAGUCAGAGAAGUUGGUCUCAAAUAAGAUGAGACAAGAGAAAAUUGGAAACAUGAUCUACUUGGUUUUUGACAAUUUUCAUCUUGUUAGGGAAUGGGAUAAGAGUUCUACUAUAUUGCCUUUACUGUUUAAUCUCUAUGAUAUGCUAAAGAUGCAUGAGGUGGGUCUGAUUUUUAUCAGUAGUACUUCCCCAGACACAUUUUACUCCAACAUGGGAUAUGUAGAGCCUAUCCCCGUUUACUUUCCUGAUUAUACAGAAGGUGAUAUUCGUCAAAUAUUAUUAAGAAACCAAGUGAACCAAAAGCUUUAUUCCUCAUUUCUCGAUGUAGUUCUGAAGUCUUUUUAUGGAAUUACAAAGCAAGUUGGUGAUUUGUCUGCCGCCUUAAAGCCACUAUAUGAAAAAUAUUGUGAACCUUUAAGUGAUAAGGGAAAGGGAGUUGCUCCUGAUCAACAGAUGAGGCGAAGGCUGCUUGCUCAUAUCAACCCUCAUAUUGGCCCCUCUUUGAAUGAGAUAUUUAAGGUUUCAUCCCUUUCUUCUACUGAAGUGGAGGCCCGGAAAGAUGAAAAGCGGAAGGGAAAUCCCAGGAGAUUGGCGAAAUCUGAAGAACUAGGCAGUCUUGAUUUUCAUAUGUCUACUAGUGCAAAGUAUCUUCUGAUUUCGGCAUUCCUUGCCUCCAGAAACCCAGCUACUCUUGAUGCUUCUCUUUUUGAUUCCAAAGGUGGUUCUGAUAAUCGAAAGCGAAAGAGGAAGCCUUCUGAGAAAGCGAUGGAACGGAAAGAAACUUUGGAAGAGGAGCUACUAAUGAAAGGACCUGGAACUUUCCCAUUGGAGAGGUUGUUAGCCAUCUUUCAGUGCAUAGUAUCAGUCGCCGAAGAUGAGGAAGAACCAAACAAUGAUGGAUUUGGAGUUGAGGGUGGCAGUGCUGGACUGAUGUCUGAUGUUCUUUUGCAGCUGUCUAGUCUCUGCAAUGCUAAUUUUAUAUUCAAAGGUAGAAGCUGUCCAAUUGAGGGCUCAACCCGGUAUCGAUCAACCAUUUCCGAAGAUCUGGCUUUGAAGAUCUGCCAAGUGCUUACAACCUCUACUGUCAUCAACAUGAAUCAGAUGGAAUCUCCUUAGAAUGCUUGAAGUCAAACCAAUAGUGUAGAAUUGUGACCAUGGAAAAUCCAUGGAUGUUGAAUAGAUAAUUCUUUGUGACAUUUUUCUGGUUUUAUGUUUACUUGUAGAUCUGCAUUUACAUUUUUAUUUGAAGUUGUUUACAUCUUAACUUGUAAGAAACAUUGUAUGUAGAUGUACCUUAAUUUUUGAAAUCAAUCUUUAAUGUUGGCAUUAGUA